AGUGCAACCUCUGACCCUUCCUGAGUCUUCAUCGACUGGUAAUCCGAACACAGAGACCUAUGCAAAAUCCCUCAGUCGAGCGUACUCUAGUAGUUCUCUCGGGUCAUACCACUGAGCUACACAGAGUUGGUAGCCAGCUUAGCAGCACGCUAUGCGCAUAUGUUCCGAUAGGUCCAUAUUCCUCGCCAUGUGACACGGCGAUUCUGGAAUUGAGGAAGACAUUGGAUGGAGCUAUUCAUGACUUCAGGAAAAUUGCGUUCGAUUGCAGCGCUGCAGCGAAUCAUCUCCGCUCCAACAUAUUCCCUUCAAUUCAAGGUGCUCAAAUAAAUGUCGCUAUCACGGAACUUAACAGAUAUCAGGUGUCGCUACAGCGCCGAUCUCGUGACUGCCAGCAAAUGCUUCAGCAGUUUAAGUCAUUUUGUGGACCCUCCUUGGCUACUUUAGAAAGUCGGAUUAGGGAGAAUAGCAGUUUAAGCUCCAAUGAAGAUGCAGUCUCGCGGCAUAGACCCGAAGUUCGGAACGGGCACCAUGCCAGGCAGUGGAUUCACAAUGUGAUUCAUCGUUCAUCGUCUCGGUCAAGGGUCGGCAGGCAGCGAGGGCAACGAAGCCAGACGAGUCUACUGGAAUCAAUCAUAGACGAUUGCCAGGCGUUGAUGGGAGGGCUUAGAAUUUUUCCUGAUUUCUAUGUGCAAUUGUCGACGGAAGUCACAAAAGUAUAUACGUUGCUCUGUCAAAACCAGCUCCAAGACGAGGAUCUUAGCUUGCUGGAUCAAUGGCUCACAGGAAUGUCCGCGAUUUUCGACGACUAUCGCAGCCUCAGAUCGUGAUCCAAGGCAAACGUACAAUCUGGACAAUAGAUAGAAUAUAAUGAGCUCUUAGCCUCAUGCCGAUCAUGUAACGGGAAGGGGGCACAGAAGCUUUGGACAUUAUGGUGUUGUCUCUCGUAGGACUAACAGUAAUACGCGACGUGCAAAAUAAUCUACAUC